AUGUUGGAAUAUUUCACUCGCGGCUUGCAUCAGGCGGCAGACGAGCUCGGAGCACCUUUCUUUCUCUCAGCCAUGCAGCUACUGUCGUUUGUAACAAUCCCGCUCUUUCUCCCGGCUGUCCUCCUUUCCACUAUGGCUACUCUCCUCCUACCUCUCGCCUCGUCUUGGCCUCUCACCUACCUCCGACAGUUUCCCUUGAUCGGCCUUCACGUCGACAGCAUCGUCUCCCUCUGCCUGAUGACGGACCUUCCGUCCACAUCUCCCAAGUACGGUUUCAUCCGGAGCGUAGCGGAGGAGCUGCUACGAGCCAACGACAGCUCCAAAGAGCUCAAUCUCUCCGAAGCCAAUCGACGAGCGCUUCUCCAGGCGUUUUCCCGGACUAUUUCCCGCCUCGAGAGCGCCUUGAAACGCGGGCAGGCGUCGACGUUUGGUCUCACCCAGAUUCUGGAUCAGGUUUCUCGCGGCGCGGCUGCUGCUGCUGCAGUGGCCGUGGCCGCUAGCGGCGGAGGAGGCGGGAUCAGCGGAAGCAGCGGAAAUGGGGAGAUUCGGCGGAUGGCUGGCGGAAAUGGCGGGGAGAAUCCUCAGGCGGAGAAGCUGUCUCAGGAGCUGCUAUGGCUGGUGCUGAAGCUUCAGGGUCGAAAGGGAAUCGAACAAGUGGUGGAGGUCUGGGCGGAGGCUCGGGUGCUGUCUGAGCUGGCAGUACGAUCUUCGGCACGUGUGCAGCUGAAUCUUCUCAAGCUAACGUGUAUUGUGCUGGAUUUGGUCUCUUCCCACGUGGUGUCAUGUGAUGUGAAGUCGCAAGAGCACCUGCUGCUGCACUGGAUGCCGUUGCUGUGUCAGUGUCCAAACACAUCUGACGGCCUGCUCUCCACUGACAGUAACCGACAGAGGACCGAGGAGGACAUGUGCAUGAUGAUCUCUCGCCUGCCUGCUGCAAGCCAGGAGCUGGUGUACGUGGCAUGGCUGCAUGAGUACACGUGGUCAACCUCUGAUUGGCCAAACCUGCACCCUGCCUUCCUCCACUGGUGUGACACUUCCCGGACUAACCCUGACCAAGUUACCACUAACCACGGUGAAGCUAGUCAAUUCGCCACUUGGCUGGAUGACCUGCAGCUGUUCCUUCUGAGCGAUAGCAAGGAGCAUGUGUCGCUCUAUGAUUACGCGUCUGGUGCUGCACCUGCCCCUCCUGCCACAGCUGAGCUUAGUGUUCGUUCCCACUGGCAGACUCGUGACGCAGCUGCUCGCCUAGCCAUUCGCAGUCACCUCCCGCUAGCUGAGCUCGAGCAUUUUGGCGACUGCAAAUCCGCUAAGGCCCUGUACGAUGCUGUCGUUGCUCGCUACUCCUCGCCUGCCACAGCCGAGCUUAGCCGUCUCAUGCUGCCGUACCUGUUCCCUGAGCUGUCCACCUUUGCUACAGUCGCCGAUCUUAUCACCCACCUUCGCACUAGUGAUGCUCGCCUGCGUGCUGCCCUUCCCACCGAGUUCUGCGCUAAGAAUCCCCCUCCACUGUACUGGACACUCCACUUCAUAGUCACCCGACUCCCUGACACCCUCAGCUCAGUUCGAGACCACUUCCUUGCUCGCUGUCCCACUGAGCUCACAGUCGCCCUCCUAGAGGAGCAGCUGCUAGCGGCCGAAAAGAGCAUUGUAGCUGUCGGUGCUGCUCGUGGCGCUCCUCGCACCCCCAUCUUUGAGGGGUGUUCUCCCUCUCCCCUCGCUCCCUCCUACGCUACUGCUGCUGCUGUUGACUUCCUUGGUGCUGAGUCUGCUGGCGCUGCUUCUGCUCCUGGUGGGAGGCGCCGCACCGGCAAGGGCAAGGGGGGCAAGGGUGGCGGGGGUGGCGCUGGGGGGGGAGGAGGUGGGGGAGGUGGGGGGGGAGGCGGUGCUGGAGGGAGCGGUGGCGGGAGUGCUGGUGGGAGUGGGGUCGGCAGCGGAGGCGGGGGCGGCGGAGGGAGCGGUGGCGGUGGUGGCGGCGGCGGCGGUGGCGGCGGCGGCGGCGGUGGCGGCGGCGGCGGUGGCGGUCGGAGCGGAGGUAGUGGUGGUGGCGGAGGUCGGAGUGGAGGCACUGGCUCGGGCCAGAGCUCCCAGCAGCAGCAGCGUCCCCAGACGACCCAGCAGCUUCGUGAGUGGCUUGCUCAGCGUGGGACGUCGGGGGGCAAUGGCCGCUGUUCCUAUGUCAUUCGCACAGGUGACCGCAAGGGACAGACGUGUGGGAGGUUCCACACCCCGUACCGCUGCUUCUCCCGCCUUGACGACGCUUGGCGUGAGGAGAUGGGCGAGGAUGUUGAGCGCCCCCGCUGGGCUGAGCUCAUGAGGGCUGGUGUUGAUAUCUUUGCUCUUGACUAUGAUGCUAUUAUUGCUGCCAUGUAUGCAUUGACUGUUAGUGCCGAGGGAGACUGUUACUUGUGUGUGCCGCCUGACCCAGGUAUAGAGCCCGCUGCCCUGGGUACUAGUGAGUCUGCUCUCUCCGGUAUGGUGCCCCCUGUACUUGCUCCCUCCAGUGCUGUCCCGGCUGUUUGCGAGUCUGCUCUCUCAGGUACAGCACCCACAGAGACUGCUCUCUCAGGUACCGCACCGGCUGAGGCCUGUCACACCUUCACCCUUGACUCAGGUGCUUCCCGCUGUUUCUUUCGUGACAGUACUGAGCUCACACCGCUUCCUGCACCGGUCCCAGUCUCCUUGGCUGACCCCUCUGGGGGCCCAGUCCUUGCCCAGUCCACCACUGUGCUCCCUUGUCCGGCGGUUCCGUCUGGCUCGUUGUCGGGUUUCCACCUCCCCUCGUUCUCGACGAACCUGGUGAGCAACGCUGUCAUCCAGGAUCAGUGGGUUGACACCUUUACCCCUGGAGGACAGCGUGUGGCGAUCUGCACGUGCUCCAGGACCGGCCGUCACCUGGCUACGUUUACCCGUCGGCCGGGGUCGAGUCUCUACACACUGACCACUGCGUCUCCUCAGGUCGCUGCUGUCGGUCAGGUGUCCGCGUCAGGUCUGGUGGCCCACGCCUGUGAGUGUCGUUCCCUGUCACACCAGACUCUUCUCUGGCACCACCGCCUGGGUCACCCCUCCUUGCCACGCCUCCGUGGCAUGCACCGUCACCGCCUUGUGUCUGGUCUUCCCAGGUCUCUCCCUCCCCUCCCUGCCUCGCCUGCGCCGCCUUGCCUUCCUUGCGUCGAGGGGCGGCAGCGCGCCGCCCCUCACUCCUCCUCGUUCCCCCCGACAGAGGCUCCUCUGCAGACCCUCCACCUGGACGUGUGGGGCCCAGCCCGCGUUCGUGGCCAGGGCGGUGAGCGGUACUUUUUGCUGGUUGUCGACGACUACUCGCGUUACACCACGGUCUUCCCCUUGCGCACCAAGGGUGAGGUCCCUGCUGUUCUGAUCCCUUGGAUCCGCACAGUUCGUCUCCAGCUCCGCCGCCGUUUCCGGACGGAUCUUCCUGUCCUGCGUCUGCACUCUGACAGAGGUGGUGAGUUUUCCUCCGAUCUCUUGAGGACCUUCUGUCAGGCGGAGGGCAUCGAGCAGACCUUCACGCUUCCGGACUCCCCACAGCAAAAUGGGGUUGCUGAGCGCCGCAUUGGCCUGGUCAUGGAGGUCGCUCGUACCUCCUUGGUCCACGCGGCGGCUCCCCAUUUUCUGUGGCCGUUUGCUGUCCGGUACGCCGCGCAUCAGCUCAACCUCUGGCCCCGUGUCUCCUUGCCGGAGACCUCUCCCACACUGCGUUGGACGGGGGAGGUUGGCGAUGCGUCGCGCUUCCGGGUGUGGGGUGCUCGUGCCCUUGUCCGCGAUACGUCCGCGGACAAGCUCUCCUCCCGCACACUUCCCUGUGUCUUCCUUGGCUUUGUCCCUGACGCGCCGGGCUGGCAGUUUUACCACCCCACCUCGCGCCGGGUCUUCGCCUCUCAGGACGUCACCUUUGACGAGUCGGUCCCUUUUUACCGUCUCUUCCCCUACCGCACUGCCCCCCUCCCUCCCCCGCCGCUUUUCCUUGCUCCUGGUCCCCCUCCGGUAGACCCCCUUCCCCCUCAGGGUCCUGCUCCUUCAGGUGUCUCUCAGGUAGACCCUCCUCCCGUCGCUGAGCCUGUCGAGGUCACAGGUGACUCAGGUGCUGCUGCAGGUGGUGCUGCUGGGAGUGCUGAGCCUGGGGGUGCUGAGCCUGCGGGUGCUGGGCCUGGGAGUGCUGGGACUGCGGGUGCUGGAGCUGAGGGUACUGUGCCUGGGAGUUCGGCGCCUGGGGGUGCUGAGCCUGGGGGUGCUACGACUGGGGGUGCUGAGCCUGCGUGUACGGAGUCUGGGGGUGCUGAGCCUGGGGGUACUGCGCCUGAGGGUACUGGGCCUGGGGGUGCUGCUGCUGAGCCUACGGAGCCUGGGGUUGCUGCGUCUGGGGGUGCUCUUCCUGACGGUACUGGAGCUGCUGGAGCUGACGACACUGGAGCUGACGGUUCUGGACACGGUGGUCCUGCUGGUUCUGGAGGUGCUGGCGAGGGGAGGUCUGACGCUGCUGGGGCCUCUGGUGCUGACGUCGCCGACUCGGGGGGUGCUGCGGCGGAGGGUGCUGGUCCAGGUGCUUCUGGUGCUCCGGGUGCUGGAGGUGCUGGCGGAGCUCCGCCGUCGCGCCUGUUCUUCGCUCCUCCGUCGCCGUCGGCUUUGCCGCCGCCUGACACGGUGCUUCGCCAGGUUCUUUCCCUCCCGUCUUCCACUGGCCUUCCCCUUCAGCCUGGCUCCCCCCUCCCUGCUCCUGUGCCUUACACUGCACAGCCGGACUCGCUUACGGAGCGUCGUGAGCCUGCGUCUCGUCCUGCCUCGCCUGUUCGCGCUGCUCGCGCUGCUCGCACUGCGCGCACUGGUCCCACUGGUCGUCGUGUCGCGCGUCCGCGUCCUCCUCCUGUUCCUGGCACGCAUAUUAUGGCCCUUCGUCCUUCCACUGGUCCACAGCGUGUCCCCCUACCGUCUCCUCCUGCGUCUUCUCUUCCUGACGUUCCCGACCCUGAGUCUGACAGUGUUCGUGCUGCCCACCCUACUGUUACGCGUCUUCUCGCCACUGUUGUCACUGACCCGUCGUUUGAGUCUGCUGCUGCGUCUGCCCUGGUCGCUGAGCUUGUCGACUUUGCUGCUGCCUGUCGUCUAGACUACGCCGCCAGUCUUGUUACUGAGUCUGAGUCUGUCUGUCCUCCGUCCGUCGGGGGUGAGUGUGCUCUUGGCACGGACGUCCUUGAGGACAGGCAGGAGGACUUUGACUCUCUUGCGGCUGCUGUACCUCAUCUCGUGGCCUGGUUGCUUGCCCUUGAGGGAGACCCGGAUGCACUAGACAUCCCCACUCCGCGCUCUUACGCAGAGGCGAUCUCGGGUCCCUACUCCUCUCAGUGGCAGACAGCCAUGGACGCAGAGAUGGCAUCCUGGAAGUCCACAGGCACCUACGUCGACGAGGUUCCCCCUCCUGGGGCGAACAUCGUCGAUGGCAUGUGGAUUUUCAGGGUGAAGCGGCCGCCAGGUUCUCCACCUGUCUUCAAGGCUCGUUACGUUGCUAGAGGCUUCAGUCAGCGUCAGGGGGUUGACUUCUUCCAGACCUUCUCCCCCACCCCGAAGAUGACCACUCUUCGGGUUCUGCUACACGUUGCUGCUCAGCGUGACUACGAGCUUCACUCUCUUGACUCCAGCACAGCGUUCCUGCAGGGCAGCCUGCACGAGGAGAUCUGGCUGCGCCGCCCACCUGGCUUCACUGGGUCGUUUCCUCCUGGUACCCAGUGGAGCCUCCGCCGGCCAGUCUACGGUCUCCGCCAGGCGCCACGUGAGUGGCACGACACACUGAGGACUACACUUGCAGCUCUUGGGUUCGCGCCGUCUACUGCUGACCCGUCGCUGUUUCUACGCACAGACACGUCGCUACCGCCGUUCUACAUUCUCGUGUACGUCGACGACUUGGUCUUUGCUACUGCUGACACUGAGGCAUUCGCUCGUGUGAAGUCGGAGCUGCAGAAGAGACACACCUGCACUGACCUGGGUGAACUGCGUAGCUACCUUGGCUUGCAGAUCACCCGGGACAGAGCUCGCCGCACCAUCACCCUGACUCAGUCACACAUGGUGCAGCAGGUCCUUCAGCGCUUCGGCUUCCAGUUCUCCUCACCACAGGCCACACCUCUGGCUACCAGCCACUCGCUCUCAGCUCCACCUUCGGACGAGUCCGUAGAGCCGAGUGGCCCGUACCCAGAGCUUGUAGGCUGCCUCAUGUACCUGAUGACUUGCACGCGACCUGACCUCGCAUACCCUCUUAGCAUCCUUGCUCGUUACGUUGCGCCUGGGAGACACAGGCGAGAGCACUGGGAGGCUGCUAAGAGGGUGCUGCGUUACUUGUGCAGUACAUCAGGCAUGGGGCUGGUGCUUGGAGGACGCGACAGAGUUGUCCUCACUGGUCACUCGGACGCUUCUUGGGUGGACGACCUGGCUACGCAGCGGUCGUCACAGGGUUACACCUUCAGCCUUGGCUCUGGUUCUGUCUCGUGGCGGUCCACCUGCUCUUCUUCUGUUCUCGGCUCUAGUUGUGAGGCUGAGAUCUACGCCACAGCCAUGGCUGCACAGGAGUUACGCUGGCUCACCUACCUGCUGACUGACUUGGGAGAGCGGCCUAGUUCUCCUCCAGUUCUGUACGGUGACAACAAGGCGGCCCUUGCCUUGUGUUAG